AUGGCCGACCAAGCCGAACCCGCAACUGCGCCCGUCGCAGUGACCGAGACCCCCGACGCGCGCACCACCUCACCGCCCACGACCGAGGGCACUUCCACCGCACCUUCCACCACCGAGGACACUGCCACGGCGCCCCCGCUGUCCAAGAACCAGCAAAAAAAGCUCGCAAAGCAAAAGCGUUUCGAGGAGACGCGGCCGGCAUGGAAGGCCGCGCGCAGGGAGAAGGAAAAAGCGCGGAAGGCGCGCAAGCGCGAGGAGAACGCCUUGAAGCGCAAGGCCGAGGACGAGGCGGCCGCCGCCGACGAAGGCGUCGAGGUUACCAAGCGCGUCAAGGUCGCGCCGCCGAGGGUGCUCGAGGAUAUCACCCUGCUCAUCGAUUGUGGGUUUGAUGCGUUGAUGACUGAGAGGGAAGUCGUCUCGAUGUCGUCGCAGCUCACGCGAUGCUAUUCUGCAAACCGUAAUUCCACGCGGCAGUUCAAGAUGCAUGUCUCGUCGCUCAACGCGCGCCUGCUGGAGCGGUACGAGGGGACGCUGCAGCACCAGCACAAGAAGUGGAAAGGCAUGACGUUCUCUCACGACCCAUACCCGAUCACCGACGAGAACCGCGAGAACCUCGUGUACCUCACCGCCGACAGCGAGAAUACCAUCUCCGAGCUGGAGCAGGGUAAGACGUAUAUCAUCGGCGGAAUCGUCGAUCGGAAUAGACACAAGAUGCUGUGCUUCAAUAAGGCGAAGGAACAGGGUAUUGCCCAUGGAAAGUUGCCCAUUGGAGAGUAUAUCAAGAUGGCCAGUAGACAGGUCUUGACCACUAAUCAGGUGGUCGAGAUUAUGUGUGAGUGGCUCAAGGAGAAGGAUUGGGAGAAGGCGUUUAUUAAGGUUAUUCCGCAAAGAAAGAUGCCCGCCCUUAGGAAAGCGGGCGAGGGCGAGGGUAAAGAGGACGAGGAAUAUGAUGAAGAGGAAUAUGCUGAGGAGGGGCAAGAGGAAGAGAUUGUAGCGGAGGAAACGAAGCCGGAGGUGCAGCAUGAGCAGCCAGAGAAGAUGGAGGUUGACUCUGUAGAAAAUAAGAAGGAGCAGGAGGAAAAGACGGAAGCACCACCGCCAUAA